AUGUACAAGACGGAAGGAGAAACUUUUUGCCCAAAGACAACCACAGUGGACGAGAAAGUUGUGGCCUUAUUAACUCCUCAAUUCCAACCACUAACUAAUGACUUUGAUUCAUCGGCAACAUACUAUGAAAUCAGAGGUGAAACAAGUACAGCUGCAGAAAGCCCAGUUAAAAGUACUCGGCAUGGUGUUCUAGAAGACAUCACUGUCGACUUGGUGGCCAUUGAAGAAGUUGAAAAUAUUGACUCGACAAUAAAAUGUCAUAAACAGCUAAUGUCACCGGCAUCAUUGCACCACAUAGAUGUCAACACCACACCAAAAAUUAAAAAAACAACCUUAACUGAAACAAAAAAAAAAGAAUAUUAA